AUGAAUCCACAAAGAAUUCAACGUGCUGUCGCACCUUCAGGCUACUCAACCCCUCUUGUUCUUCCGCAAGGAAUACAAGGAAUACCUCCACAAUAUCAGUAUCGCCCAGUUCCAUACCAGUCUUAUGGACAUUCUCAGUAUAUUCAACCACAAAGGCCAACAAUGGCAAAUACAAACCAACCUCGCCCGAUUCUUGCUUCACAGCACGCUGGUCCUUCAACGGUAGCAAUAGCGCCAGUACCAACAGUAAUAAGGAAACGAAUUAAUCCCGACCCUCCUUCGAAUAUGGGUGCACAACAGUCAAAGAAAAAAAGAGCAGUUGAACGAAAUAUUCCCGAGAAGCUAAAUGCUAUUGUACCCGAGUCUCGUUUAUAUACAGAACUUCAAGAAUUUGAAAGGAGACUGGAUACGACAAUUUCAAGGAAACGUCUUGAGAUACAGGAAACUAUUAGUAAACCAAUGAGGGUAAAACGCACGCUACGAGUUUUUAUCUCCAAUACAGCAAUAAAUCAAAAUCCUGUGCAGAGGGAAACCGAUGAAAAUGAACUUGAAUAUUGUGACGCAAAUACUCCGGCUUGGAUACUUAGAAUCGAAGGAAGGUUGCUUGACUGGAAUAAGACUUCUUCUAAUCUUGAAGGUUUUGAUGGAUUUGAGAUUAAACGAAAGGGAGACACGAAUCUUAAAUGUAAAAUAUACUUUAAUAUAGAGCAUAUACCACAAAAAUAUAAAUUGUCUGAGGAGUUGGCGGACUUGCUAGACAUGCAUGAAGGAACAAAACCUGGAAUUAUUAUGGCAUUAUGGCAAUAUAUUAAGCUUUUCAAUUGUCCGCGGAUGAUAUUCCCACAAAUGCCGGAAUUGCUAAAUAAGCAUUUGCAACCUUUUGAUCCUAUAGUCAUAGAAUAUACUAUUCGAGUAGACAAAGAUUUUCAUCAAUCAAGAUAUGCUUACGAUAUUGAAGUUGAAUUUGACGACCCUAAUAAAACGAGACUUUCUUCUAUCCUUUCUAACGGUGCGAGCCAAAGGGAAAUACAAACCUUUGAUGACAAGAUUGUUCAAUGUGUACAAAGUAUAAACAAUUCGAAAACCAAACGCGACUUUUUAUUAAAUUUUGCGAAAUCUCCCGUUGAAUUUAUUAAUAAAUGGGUGGAAAGUCAAAGUCGAGAUUUAGAGUUAAUAUUAGGAGAACAUUCGGUCAAUCUUGAAGAUCAGAGAAGAUCCAAUUUUUACAAGCAAAGUUGGGUCAGCGAGGCUGUUUUUCAUUAUUCUAACGCAUUGACUCAGAAAAAAAUGCACGAAUUAUUAGGGUCAAGUAAUAGCGGUAUUAGAAAUGAACCGAAAAAGUAA